CUGUAAACGCCUCCCUAGUAGGCCGUGUUUGAGUGAAAAUAUGGACGCUGGAGUACUGGUUCAAAUCCAUGGAGGGCUGACACCGUGGAUGUGACUUACGAACUGUACCGUCUUGGGUGUAAAAUUUGAUUUGCCACCCUACACUGAGAGUUUGUAUUAUGAAUAACGACACAUCGUCUUUGAUGGCUUUCCAAGCUGCUUUUCGUGAAUUAUCCAAUCACCCUGUCAUCGGCCGAAGCCAGCCAGCUAGAGUGCUGUGGUUUGACCGAAAGAAAUAUGUGACAGUAAAUUUUAUAGUGCAAAACUGCAGAGACCUCCAGGUGGACAUACAGGAAGACAAAAUGAUUUUAAGCUGCAAGACAGAGGAUGACAUAAAUGUUUACAAUGAGAUUCACUUCUAUGACCGGGUCCACUUUCACGACUCCAGGGAAACACGACAUGACCGUACUGUCCACGUCCUCCUGAGGAAAGUAAAGGAGAAUGUUGCCUGGCCUCGCUUGACCAAAGACCCCGUCAAGCCCAGCUGGCUAUCUGUAGAUUUUGACAACUGGAGAGACUGGGAGCAUGAAGAGGAGGAGGGAAUGGAGGAGUACGGGCAUUAUGUGGAUAUGCUGAAAGAUAUGAGCAAAAAGACAGAAAUUCCAACAAUGGAUGACCUUGAUGAUUUCAAUCUUGUAUUCAUUCACCUGCUACAUCCCGUCAGUGAAGUCUUCCGUUCCGCGAAAAUGGCAUUUCAGUGCCAGAGGGACUGUUACAUGCAAGAGUUUAUCACCACAGUGGUGUCCUGCUGUCCUUCUGAACUGAAACUGGAAAACCAUGGGAAGAAGGAGAAGGUGAAGGGUUUUAAUGUUAUACUCAAAGACACCAUCCUGUUUCCCGAGGGAGGUGGGCAGCCAGAUGACCGAGGGAGCAUCGCGGGCGUGCCUGUCCUGAGAGUGACGAGGCAGCGGGCAGAGGCUGUGCAUUUUGUGAGCUCUCCGCUAGAGGUGGGAUUGGAAGUCCAGCUGAAGGUGGACUGGGAUCGCAGGUUUGACCACAUGCAGCAGCAUUCAGGUAAGACUGUUAUUAAAGUUGUAACUAUUUUGUGUGAUUUUAUUGGAUCUGUUCACAGGGACCUGGGACGUCAGCGCAGCACUAUUGAGCUGGACACGGGCACUGCGAAGCCUGGGGAGAUAGAGGCCCUGGAGAAGGCUGUGAAUGAGAAGAUCCGGGAGCAUGUCCCCGUCACAGUCAAACUGCUCACGCUAGACGACCCGGCUGUGGAGCAGGUGAGAAGCCGUGGUCUCCCAGAAGACGCUGUGGGGCCCAUCCGAGUGAUCGACAUCGAGGGCGUGGAUGCCAACAUGUGCUGUGGGACCCACGUGUCGAACCUCAGCCAGCUGCAGGUUAUAAAAUUCCUGGGGAUUGAAAAGGGAAAGAAAAACAAAAUGAACUUGAUUUUCCUUGCUGGAAACCGGGUUCUUAAGUUUGCCGAGAAGAGCUACUCCAUAGACCGGGCAUUGACAGCGCUUCUGAAGACAGGAGCAGACGACCACGUUGAAGCUGUGGACAAGGUACAGAAGUCAGUCAAGGCAUUGCAGAAGAGUAACCUCAGUCUCUUACGAGAUAUGGCGGUGCUACUUGCACAGAACUACAAGAACAAUCUGAACCGAGGCAACUUGUUCUGCUUACACAGAAAGGAAGGUGAUAACGAGUUUAUGAAUAUAAUAGCAAAUGAAAUCGACACAGAGGAAACGGUCUUGUUCUUGACAGUUGGAGAGGAGAAGGGAACGGGGCUGUUCCUUCUAGCUGGACCCGAAGACAUUGUGGAGAAGAUGGGACCCAGGGUGGCGGAGCUACUGGAAGGGAAAGGCGCAGGGAAAAAAGGGAGAUUCCAGGGCAAGGCCAGUCGGAUGGAGCGCAGGGGGGAGGUGGAGGCCUUGCUGCAGGAGCACAGCCGACGCCCCCACCUGGAGGAGUAAACACACAUGAGCACGGCCCAGAGGUGUGGGUGGAUGUGGUGUCACGGGGAGGUUGUGGUGAUAAUGCAGCCAGAUGAACCCCCCCUCCCCCCUGACACACACACACACACGGAUAAACACAGCGGCUUACGCAGGCAUAAAUACGGGAAGCUAUAAGAACGUAUUCUUCAGCAGUACGCAGAACCCCACAAAGGCAGACAAACCCAAAACCUAACAAAAACGUACUAAAAUGUGUUGAUGCUGCCGGUAAUCAUGUAGGAAAUGCAGCAAUUGAAUUGUUGUUAAUUUCUCUUUGUGGAAAUACAUCCUUUACGUAGAGUACAUUUAAACUGGUGCAACUCCGAUUGCUUUGUUACUGUAAACAGAGACUAAUUUUAUGCAACAGAGGUAAAAACUGGCAUAUAUGUACAGUGAUGAGGACAUCGUUUUUGAAAACAUAUAAAUCUCUGAAAUGUGUACUUUCUUGUUUGUCCAAAAUGUACUUGGUUAUGAUACGUAUCUGUUAUUCUCUGUGAAUCCAGUGCAGCACUGUCGCUGGGCGUUGAGCUCCGUUAAUUCCGUCCAGUCUUUCCUUGUCAUUUCGAUAUUUCAGUUUUAGCUUGAGAUUUACCUCUGAUACUUUAAUACUCUAAGGUAAGUUGAUAACUUUGACGCAUAUUGAAAAGGCUCCUAUGACUCAGAUGGCUGUUACAUGGGUCAUGCUUGAGGUCACGCCAGUGACAUGGACCAUAUAUAUCACGCUUCAAGAAGACUGAGCUAUAUUUGCCCUUAACUUCCCAAUAAUGUUAUUGUCCAAAAUGUCUUCCGUGACUCUGACAUGCUUUAUCUGUGAAUUAUGUUUUUAGAGAGGAAAUAUGUCACCCAGGGAACACAUAACUUAUACAGGAUAAGAGACGUCACAAGUUAGGAAACAGCAGCUGCGGAUACAAUCGGACAGAAACAAGAAAACGAAGAAUAUUAACUAUUAAGCAUUAUGAGCAGGUUAAGUUUAUCAACCAAAAUGCCAUUCCAAGAUAAUGGAAAUAAGAAUCUAUACCUGUAAGUUAGCGCUACGUCUAAUGUGCUAUGACUAAUGAAUUUGUUUGCCUACAAACCUUUGUCAGCCUGCCUUUUUACUGUACUGUAACUGAUAGUGGUUCAUUGAAAAUCUUACAAAAACU